AUGUCCCACAGAGACCUCACGCAUAAUUACACAGAUAGCCCUCGCAACCCGUUUGACGACGGCAGCGGGUCAUACGACCUGAACUUCGACGACAGCGACGAGCUUCUCCAGCAUGAGCGUCUGAACCUGAUUGGCCCCGACGUCGUCGGUCCCGACGUUGUCGACCCCGAGCGGGCCCACUACAACGGCUACUACGCCGACCAGAGACGCUUUGUGUCGCUGCCCUCAAGUGGGCAGGGAAACGGCCAGUUUCUGGCCCUGGGUCAGGGCAACUUGGUCGCUCCCACCGAGUUCAACAGGUACCCGAGUCUUGCCAACCUGAGAGAACCCUCGCUGACGUCGCUUCUGUCGCAGUUCAGGCGACAAGGCGGCUCCCAGUACAUGCAGUUGGCUCAGAACGGAGGUGGGUCGUCUGAAACUACCUCUUCCAACGGUGAGAACGUGCUGGACCCCUUUUUGGCCAAGGUCGACCUCUCACCCUUUGGCGGCUACCCGGCCCACCAGUUCCCCUUGCACAUUGACGAGAAGGAGCCCGACGACUACUUGCACAACCCAGACCCGAUUGCUGAUGCUGCCUACGACAAGAACAGGUUCUGGUACGACCUCAAGCAUAUGGACCGCAGGGUCGGCUGGGGGCUUGUCGGAUUCAUCUUGUUGUUGGUGGGGGCGUUGGCCGUUUUCAUUGUGUUGCCGGUGGUUUCGUUUUCGGGCGUCACCAACCCUUACCGGCCCGAGGUGUACGAGGUGUUGACCCAGUACAAGUACCCGCUCUCGAGCUCCAUCAGAACCUCUUUAAUUGACCCUGACACCCCCGAUGACGAGUAUACUCGUGUCAACAGCAAAGGCGAAGAGUGGGUGUUGACUUUUUCCGAUGAGUUCAACGCCGAGGGCAGAACUUUCUACGAUGGCGACGACCAGUUUUUCCAGGGCGUGGAUAUCCACUACCAGGCCACCCAGGACUUGGAGUGGUACGACCCGGAUGCUGCCACCACCUCCAACGGCACCCUCCACAUCACUUUAGACGCCUACAAGAACCACAACUUGUUCUACAGGUCUGCUAUGCUCCAGUCGUGGAACAAGCUUUGUUUCACCCAGGGCCUCAUUGUUACCUCGGUUAACUUGCCCAACUACGGCCACAAAAUGGGUCUUUGGCCUGGUCUUUGGACGUUGGGCAACUUGGCCCGUCCGGGCUAUUUGGCCUCCACUGAAGGUUUGUGGCCAUACACCUACGACUCUUGCGAUGCGGGAAUCACGCCAAACCAGUCUUCGCCAGAUGGAAUCUCGUAUUUGCCGGGCCAGAGGUUGAACGUGUGCACGUGUUCUGGUGAAGACCACCCCAACCCGGGUGUGGGCAGAGGUGCGCCUGAAAUCGAUAUCAUUGAAGGUUCCGUUGAUGACACUCUCAAAACUGGUGUGGUGUCUAUGUCGUACCAGAUUGCUCCAUACGACGUGUGGUACUACCCUGACUAUAGCUUCGUUGAGAUCCACAACAGUGAAGUCUGUGCUAUGAAUACCUAUACCGGAGGUCCACUUCAGCAGGCUGUUUCUGGUCUUGUGACCCUCAACUCUACGUGGUAUGAGCGUGGUGUGGGUGCGGGAAAGUUCCAGGAGUAUGGUUACGAAUACAUGAAUGACAACGACGAUGGCUACAUUACGUGGUAUGUUGGCAGAGGUAAGGAGAAUGCUGCAUUUACGUUGCACGCGUGGGCGUUGAGUCCUAACGGAAAUGUGGGUUUCAGACGUAUCUCCAAGGAGCCCAUGUCCAUCGUUAUCAACUUGGGUAUUUCCAACUCGUGGGCGUACAUCGACUGGCCCUCACUCGUUUUUCCUUCCCAUAUGAGGGUGGACUACGUGAGAAUCUACCAGCCUCCAGAUGCCAUCAGCAUGACGUGUGAUCCUGAAGACUACCCGACGUUUGACUACAUCGAGAACCACAAGGCUGCCUACUUUAACCCCAACCAUACCUCGUGGGAGAUGGCAGGGUUCAAGAUGCCGAAGAACAAACUCAGUGGUUGCUAG